AUGAGGACUUCCACAGUGACUCAUGUGAGAAGGCCUAGCGCCGCAGAACCUUUCUCUCAGGGAUACCAGAAAUACCCUCAAGAAAGCCAUGAAAUUACAGCAAGGCUGAGGCAGCUUUUUGGGAGUGCUGUGCCUGCUUUCCCUCCAAUGUUUUACCUGGCAAUGACCAAAUCGAUGGCAGAUGCGAGACAGUCACAGCUGGAGCAGUGCCUUCCGAAUGUUACUUUGGAUUCAAAUAUUACCAAUAGUGAUGUCUUCAUAGGUUUUACCCAAAAGCUGCAGUAGGAUACAUUUAACAUCCAAACCCAGAGAGCCUUUUUGGAUGUCUUCCGUGCUGAUGGCAGCAAUAUUAGACUUCACAUCCAGACAUCGGACACUGCAGAAAAAAUAUUGGAAGUAAUGCAUUUCCAGAAUGGUGUUGAAGUUUUCCAUUUCAGGAGGAGUGGAUUUCACCAAAUGUCUCUGUUUUUUAUUCUUUUCCUGGUGGUGAAAAAUGUGGCAGAAUUUGAACUUCCUUAUGUGAGUCUUCAAAGCAUGAAAGAGUUGCACUGUAAGCUUGGGAUCAGAAAGUGGUAUAUGGAUCCUUCUCUUGAUAUGCUGCUGAUGGAUUAUAGAGCUUCACUGAAUUUGAUAUACAUGCAGACAAUACAGGAAGUGAAGAGGAACUGGCUUAAAACAACAGAAGGGCAGAUACAGGAACUGGAGUUUCUACGAAGAAAUGCAAGCAAAGCAGAGUGCCUCGAGCUGAUUCGAGAAAUGCCAUUCUAUGGCUAUGUGCAGCUCGAUCCUUGUGUCUGUGACUGUCCAGAAGGCGACUGCUCAGCCAACAUCUGUGUCGGCAAUAAUGACAUUCACUGCUGCAUAGAACUGCCUACUAACCAAACCAAAGAGGGAUGCUACAAAAGAUGGUGAAGAAGACACUCUGGAGCUUAGAUUUGAAUGCAAUAAUUUGGGCACAUGACAGUGGA